CCAGGAAAGGUUUUUAUAUUCAGUAAAUAAUCCAUUGCCAAUUGGAAUAACAAAUUUCUGUUUUUCUGCUGCCAGUGUUAGACAAGAUUCUCAUGCAAUUUGCAAGUCAAAUUUACACUGAUGAUUAAAAUUGAUUUUCCAAUAAACAUUGUGUUUUCUUGAAGUACCAGGAUGCAGAAUGAUUUUGUUACUUGAUAGAAUAAUAGAGAUUUUCAAAUUAUAUUGAAUGUUAAAAGGUUACAAAUGUAAUUGAAUUUCUGUCAAAUCAAGGAAUGAUGGAAUAGUUAUUGGAGCAUGUACGUUAGUUACAAUAUUAUCAACUGUACUCGGAGGACAAAUCUAAAUGAAUAUUUGAUUUCCUGCUCAAACAUGAUAGAUUAGAACUUUUACUAUUCAUUCCUGGAUAAUAAACAUACUUGUGUUUUCGUAUACAUUGGUAAAAAAAAAUUAUGUAUAAGAUAGAUUUAUUCAAACUUUGAAUAUUCCUCUGGUGGAUUUGACUGAUUUUGUUUGUUCAAAAUGGCGCUAAAUUUGGAAAGAUUGAGUGGAGUUGACAGGUCUUCAAGAAAAGAGCAGAGAAGAUGUUUACGAGGUUUACAUGACGAUUGUUACGAAGAAUACAACUUUUAUGGCUCUAUACAUCGUAGCAGACGUAAACAUGGACUCAACUAUCGUAUAAGUCAAGGACAUAAACAGUGGAUAACAUACAUCAUGGGUACCGGUGUCCCACUUCUCAAUGAAUAUAAACUUGAGUUUUUCACCAAACGUUUACCGCAGACAAUCCUUGGUGGUCUCAAACUUCGGAUCGGCUAUGAAGCUCCGGUCUAUGUGUACAUCAACCAGGUUGUGUUGUUUGUGGUACCAUUCCUGCUGGCUGGUAUAUUCACCCUGCUGGUACAGCUAGAUACCAUCAAGGACUAUAUUGCAGUGUACACGUUUGGGUCACUGAUGACAGCCUAUGUUUUACUGGUGCAACUUAUAUCUCAUAUUAUACAGGCAUCACAAUCAGCUGAUCUACCUAUGAUGAGGAAAAAGAAAAAUUUGUUAUCAGAAGAAGAUGAGGUGGAUUUUAUAUCUUGUUGUGAUGCCGAGACACUCAAGUUUGUUAUACCACCAAAGAAAUAUAAACUUAAUGUACUGAUUCAUGCCCUUGUAGCAGGACCUCUUUGUGGACUGGGCUUGCUGUACCUGCUACCUACAACUUUAAAUAACCUAUAUGACAAUAAUACAGGUGCGACAGUGGUGUUAUUUAUACUAGGUUGGUUGGCUGUUCUAGUAGCUCAGUAUCCAUUGACAACAGCAGCGCCCCCUGAGACUGCUACAUAUAGAACUACUGAUAUAUUUGAAAUAUCUGCACUAAUGAGAAGUUUCUAUGUCCUAGUAUUUAUUACAUUUGAUCUCUUUCAUAGAUAUUAUUCUGACUCAUUUCUUUUGACAAAUCAAGUGCUACAUGUGAUAUUUGUGUUUUUGCCGGUAUUUUGGACAUUUGGUGUUCUAGCACCUAUAGAUUCAUUCUUCCUGUAUGCCCUGGAGCAGGUGCAUGUGUUCUUAUUUGGUGGUUCGUUCAUGGCGUCUGAUGUCAGACUACUUGUUAUGGUAACUUUAUCAACAUGUGUUUUCCUUGGAGCAUAUUUUUUCCAAGUGUCUUUGGGAACCAUCAUAUUAUGUUCAAUGGCUGGUUACCUGCUCAGUACAGAUCUUGGUGGGCUUGGUUCCCAGCUUCUUGGAUUAAUCACGAGAAACCGUGUAUCAGCCAGUAAAACUGAUGUACAGGAAGUAGACAAAGAGCAUUCUGGGAAGAGGUUUCUAUGGAAAUGGGGGAUAUUAGAAGUUGUGUAUCAUGUAAUAAUGCUUGCAGCUGUUGGCGUAGUAGCAGGUCUACUAAACAAGAACAGUGGAGAUUUUAGUGGUGAUAGUUGGAAGAUUGUAGGUUAUAGUAUUGUAGGAGUAUGUGUACUGGAGAAAAUAGUGCGAGAUUUACAGGGGGUAUUUAUUGUAUUUGGUUUGUGGAGAAAUAUGCUCUUCCCUAAAACUGUCAACUCCAGACGACUGUUUGAUGGAAGGAAGCUCUGGCUAACACCUCUUGGAAUAAUGCGUAGAGGCUUAGUUAAUUGGGUUGGUCCAUUUUUGAUGUUAUCGUAUUUAUCUAUUAUGGUGACUAGUACCAGCCCAACAUCUGUGUCAUUAAGAGAUCAUUUAGAUGUAGCAACAGGUGUCUGGUAUAUCUUUGGAACUGUCCGAGCAUUUAGAUGGAUUUGGCAGAGUACUGUACAUGCCCUGUUAGAGUUGUCAGUGGUUCAUAUCAUAUUGGUUACCAUGGAUACAAAUACAACAGUUAUAAAGUGGGGAGUUCCUAUACUAGCUAUGUUGACAAGUCUCUGUAGAGAUCGCUUGUACCAACUAUCUAACAAACUGUAUUUCUAUAUAACAUUACUGAUAAGUUCAUGGACGGACAAGAAACAACGUCGUGGAUCUUCUGUACCAAUCAUCGUAGUGUCUGUUUUAUUGUUCCCACUUAUUUUUGGAGUAAUUGCAAUAGCAUCUGCCCUGUCAGUGCCUCUUCUACCUCUAUUCACUCUGCCACUAGUAUUAUUCUCGUUUCCUCGGCACCUAAGAUCCUGGCCGGAGGAUGUCGGUGGGUCGGCCAAUAGUUGUCCAGAUACAAACUUUUACAGACAGUUAGCACCAGAACUUUCCAAGGCAUUUGCAUCUGGGUUUGCAAGUGGAAGUAUUGGGGAAGCAUCACCAGGUAAUCAUUACCUAGUAAGGUUUCAGGACAGACUUAUCUGGGUAAUGAUUCUAGAAAGGGGCUCGUCUUACUGUACCAUCAAUAUAAAAGGACUUGAAUUACAGGAGACGUCGUGUCAUACUGUAGAAGCUGCUAGGAUAGAUGAUAUCUUUGAAAGUGCUUUUGAAGUACCAGAAUCAUUAUGUUGUAUUGGACGUCCGAAUGAAUUCCCAUUACACUGUCUGACCCCGCUAGAUGCUUACAGUUUACAAGCUUAUUCUGACGCACGUAAUGUGUUAACGGGAAUUAUAGAUUCAAAGGGCAGCACUGACGAGACUAUGAAAGCUUUCCUUAAAAGUUUAGUGUGGGUUUUAUUGAAAUAUGUGAAUAAAAUAAAAAUGAAAACGACAAAGGAUAAAAAAGGUGAAAAGUUUGAUAAAGAAUUGUCAUUUAUUGCUCAAAAUGAGAAGCAUGAAUUGAAAGAAAUUAAUGCAAAUAGCUCUAAUAUUAAACCAGUUCAGCAAAGAAACACUGCAUUACAACCAUUAGUUCCAGACUUUACACGCGACACGCGGUCUCCAACUCCACCACCUGUUGUAAAUAAAAAACAAAACAAGAUGGCGUCAUCGUGGGGUUCCUUAGACAGUUUCACUGACAGUAUAUUCUCUGACGAUGGUUUAACUUCUAAAAAGAAGCCGAGUAAACCACCUGCAGCAUUAAAACCAAUACCAGCGAGAAAUAAAAGUCCCGAAAUAGAAGAUUUAUUUGAUGAGUUAGACAUAGGUUUGCCAGCUUAUGAUGUCACUAAACCUAAACCCACACCUCAAAAAUUUAGUGGGGCUAAAUCAUUUGGCAAUGCUAUAUAUAAACCACAAACUAAUUUAGCAGGAUCUCCUGACUUUAAAAGUCCAUAUUCAUCCCAACUUAGUUUACCUAAAGACUGGAGGGAGUUGCCGUUAGACAAUUCACAAGUGUCAAGGUUGAUGAACAAAUUUCCUGCAGACUGGUACAAAUUUGUUCUGAAGACAUUAGACUGGUCGUGUGAAGAUCAGAGUAAAGAGAAAGUGCUACAGGAUGUUACUGGGGAUGAUUCACUCAGAAACUGUUAUGCUCAACUUACUAUGGCCUGUUACUCUAUAUUUGAAGGUCAAGGUUACAGUGGACCAAGUUUUUUGUACAAGUGCUAUAUGGGUGAGGUGUCUAUCAACGCUAUGUGGGACUGGUUAGGGGAACAUACAGUUUUACAGAAUCUUGUGAAGAAGGCAUUCAGGUAUGGGUUCAAGUUGAUGAUGGAUCAGAUGUUGCUAGGGGAGAUGAACUCUGACCUGGAGUGGCAGGAGGCCCUGGAAGAGUAUGAUAAUGAAUGGUAUAUAGGUCUGGAGAAAGACCCAGAGUGGACGUCAGCUGUGCUAGCUUCCACCCCAAAUCUCUUCUCUAUGGGGCAUAAUAACACACAGAAUACCUACAACAGUAGAACUUUGACACUGCAAUCACUAGAUGUGAGUAUUGGACGUUUGAAUCCCGAGGUUGUACGAGGGCAGUGGGCAAACCUUGCACUAGAACUUCUAUAUAUGACCAACGAUGAUGAGGAACGUUAUAGUAUACAGGCACACCCUGUUAUACUGAGAAACUUAACUGUCCAGGCUGCAGAUCCACCACUUGGCUAUCCAAUAUAUUCUUCCAAACCAAUAUCUGUUCCUUUAAUAUGAUCUCCCUGAUGUUGAAAUACUUGCCCUGCAGUUCUGUGAGUUUAACUUCCUCUUGAGAUGUGAAAUUCAUUCUUGUUUGGAAGCUAUCCCUAUAACAAGGAAGGUCAGUUGUUCCAUGCUGGUACCAACUUUGUGAUAUAUGACUUGGAGGAAUGUGUAGGGAUUUCUUCCACCAGUCUCUCUGACAUAAGGCUCAGACAAGUAUCUAUGGACUUCUAGCAGUCUGUCUCUGAUAUAUGGCUGGAACAAGUAUCUGAGAACUUCAUCUUCUAGCUUGUGGCCAUAUCAUUUUACCAGCAUCAGUAGAACUUUUAAACCUGACAAUAACAGGAGUAAUGUAUAACAUCCAGUGAUACAAGACAUUUCAAGGACAAGACCAAUGUUUGAUACAGAAAAACAUUAAUUUGUUUAAAAAGAACUGGACAGUCCUAUGAUUCUAGCAUCUAUUUUUCUAUUAUAAACAAUUUGUUAAAGUUUACAGAAUAUACAUAUAGUUUAAAUCAACAAUUAUUAUAUAUUCCAAUCCAGAUGUUUAAAUUCUAGUUUGUGGAUCAGUGUUGCCGUAGUUACAGUUAACAAAAUUUAUAGAAAAGCUUGCUUUAUUGCUUAUAUGUAUCAGGCUUUAAGACUAAAAUUUCUAUUUGAUAUAAUAAUUAGUAAAAGGAAUAUUCUAUGUGAUUUUCAACAACCUUUAAAUUUUU